AAACACCAGCUGACAAGCCACACUUCUCCACGCUUUGGGAGCCUGCCGAGGUGCAGCAGUGUGUUGAUGUUAGUUAAGGACUGGAGGAUCACACUUGGUGGGUAGGACAAUGCCUGAGUUACUGUGUUCUCUUGACCUUUAAAAACAAGCACCAGAGUUUACACUGAAGGGUCCUAUGACCUGGUAAGCUUGCCUGCUGCUUUUUAAGCAAUCGCUGUGGCAGUGACAGAACACUUUGAUUCGGUUCCAACUGAAACGAAGGCUGUCGCUUGAGGAAGAGAAAAUAUUGGAGAGCAAGGGUUUAAUAAAGAAUUUGUAGUACGAUUUUGAAAUUGUCACACAAUGCAAGCACAUGAACUUCUAAGACAGCUGCGACUGCCUGAGUUUGGAGAGGUCAGGCAAUAUGUUCGAACUCUUCCUACAAACACGCUCAUGGGCUUCGGAGCCUUUGCUGCUCUCACAACAUACUGGUAUGCCACCAGACCCAAAGCUCUGAAACCGCCAUGUGACCUAGCCCUGCAGUCAGUGGAAAUAGAGGGAGGGGAGUAUGCACGAAGAUCAGUGCUUAUUGACAGUGACCAGCCCAUGGCUUUCUACUACAGUGAUGCCAAGACGUUGUAUGAAAAUUUUCAGAGAGGCUUACAUGUUUCCAAUAAUGGCCCCUGCCUGGGAUCCAGAAAACCAAACCAGCCAUAUGAAUGGAUAUGCUACCAAGAGGUGUCAGACAGAGCAGAGUUCCUGGGAUCUGGAUUAAUGCACAGAGGACACACGCCAACGCCUGACCAGUUCAUUGGAAUUUUUGCUCAAAACAGACCUGAGUGGACAAUUGCUGAACUCGCGUGCUACACCUACUCCAUGGUGUCGGUCCCACUGUAUGACACCCUAGGAGCCGAGGCCAUUGCUUACAUUAUCGAAAAAGCGGAAAUCUCCACCAUAAUCUGUGACACUCCUGAGAAAGCCCAGCUUCUUCUAGAGUGUGCUUCUAAAGGAGUCCACCCGAUGAAAACUAUCAUCCUCAUGGAUGUUUUUGAUAUUGACCUGGUGGGGCGAGCAAAGAAAUUGGGGAUUGAAGUUGUCAGUCUGAGGGAAAUAGAGUCUGUUGGAAAGGAAAACCGGAAGAAUCCAGUGCCUCCAAAGCCAGAUGAUCUGGCGGUUAUAUGUUUUACCAGUGGAACCACUGGAAACCCCAAAGGAGCAAUGCUUACUCAUGCAAACAUUGUAUCCAAUGCAGCUGCUUUUAUCAAAGUCACAAAGACGUCCUGCUGUGUAAGCUCCAGUGACACUCAUGUGUCCUAUUUACCUCUUGCACAUAUGUUUGAGCGGUUAGUACAGGUUCUAGUUUUGUGCCAUGGAGCCCGGAUAGGAUUUUUUCAAGGUGACAUCAGACUUCUUAUGGAUGACCUAAAGACAUUACAGCCCACCAUAUUUCCUGUAGUGCCCCGUCUGCUCAACAGAAUGUUUGACAGGAUAUUUGGACAAGCCAACACCCCUUUGAAAAGGUGGCUGCUGGACUUUGCGACUAAGAGGAAGGAAGCGGAGCUGAAAAGUGGAAUUGUGAGGAACGACAGCGUGUGGGACAAGCUCGUCUUCAGCAAAGUACAGGCUAGCCUGGGUGGUAAAGUACGUCUCAUGAUAACCGGAGCGGCUCCUGUCUCUUCAACAGUUCUGAGUUUCCUCAGGGCUGCCCUGGGCUGCCAGUUUUAUGAAGGCUAUGGGCAAACUGAGUGCACAGCUGGGUGUUCUAUGUCAUUGCCUGGAGACUGGACAGCAGGUCACGUUGGACCACCAUUGCCAUGCUGCACUGUCAAGCUGGUUGAUGUGACGGAAAUGAAUUACUUUGCUUCUAAAGGGGAGGGAGAGGUUUGUGUGAAAGGGCCAAAUGUAUUCAAAGGCUAUCUGAAGGACCCUGAAAAAACGGCUGAAGCUCUUGAUGAAGAUGGUUGGCUGCACACAGGAGAUGUUGGGAAAUGGUUACCGAAUGGCACUCUGAAGAUCAUUGACAGAAAGAAGCAUAUCUUCAAACUGGCCCAGGGAGAAUACAUUGCACCAGAGAAAAUUGAAAACAUUUACAUUCGAAGUGAUCCUGUUGCUCAGGUGUUUGUCCAUGGAGACAGUCUGCAGGCUUGCCUCGUGGCAAUCACAGUGCCAGAUCCAGAGGUUUUGCCCAGCUGGGCUAAGAAGAGAGGGCAUGAAGGCUCAUUUAAAGAGUUGUGUAAUAACAAGGAAGUGAAGAAUGCUAUCUUGGAAGACAUGGUGAAACUGGGAAAGGAAGCCGGUUUGAAAUCAUUUGAACAGAUUAAAGAUACAGUUCUUCAUGCAGAGAUGUUCUCCAUUCAGAACGGCCUGCUAACUCCAACACUGAAGGCAAAAAGAGGGGAUAUGAGAAACUACUUCCGGGAACAGAUUGAUGGUUUGUACUCCAACAUCAAGAUGUAACUGGAUUCAGUGAGAAGAGCAGCAGAAAAAUCCAGGAAGAGGCUUCACAUCAACCAUCAGUCAACCAGGAAAAUGAACUAAAAAUAAAUAAAAAAUAACUCAAACAAUGUUUUAAAAAAUGUUAGCCCUGCACACAAGAUGGAAUUGGUAUAUUAUAGGAAUUUAACAAUAGGAGCGGAAAAGGAAAGCUGCCUUAUCAAUUUAUUGUUUAUACUUCAAGCUGUUUUUCAAUGAAUGCCUCACCCUGUCAACCACAUUUGUUUUUAAAAUAUUGGUAUUUUAGUUGGUAUAUGGGCUUAUCAACAGUAACAAGCAUUGCAAAAUGUUACUGUGAGAGGUUGGUGGGCUGAGUCAGGUGGUGGUGGUGGUGGUGGUUCCUGCAAAACAAUACUCAGGACUUGUAUGGUUUCCCCGCAGCAGGUUUUUUUUUAUUUAUCUGGCCAAAGGCGGCCACCAACCAAAAUUGAACAACAAAAAAAAAAGAAAAUAGUCCAAAUAAGUCCCCACCAGUAUCAAUAAUGAUAAAGAAGGAGACGAAAAUAAAAAGGUAAAAAUUAACAAAAGUCCUGCACGUACACUCAAGCAAUAACUAUAAAAGAACAAUAUUUUCUAUUGGCACUCCUGUGCUGGUCUCUAGGGGGCUCCCGGUCCUGGGCAGGUUUUAGUGCCGUGCUUCCGGUCGUUCGUCCGGGUGACAGCGGAUCGUCGUAUCCGGUCUCUGUAAACACAACACCUUUUAAAAAAAAAAAAAAAAAAAAAAAUUACACAACACGUCUCCUUUUACUGUUAACCCCAGGACUGACAAAGCGAGCGCAGGUCGUACCGCCCCUUAAAUACUGCCCGCCCCGCCGGUCUCGUCCAGUUUUGCGCAACGCCAACCGGCGAUCGCGAGGAUCAACCACCGCUCCAACCCGUUGCACCCCCGUCACAGUUACACUCCAUCCAGAUCAACUAAACUCAAAUAUUUCUUGUAUUUGGUUGUCAAUUACUACCCAUUGUUACCAGAUUAUUUUAAAGGCUAGAUUCUCAAAGCUGUUUACUCCAAAUCGUAAUUUAUGGAAUUAUCUGUAUAUCCAUAAUAUCCAUUGCAUUUCUAAAAUGAAUUUCAAGUCCCACUUAAUAUCUGGUUUGAGUGCUCUAAUGGUGAUUUUGAAUAAAUUGCUUGAAGAAUUUAGGUUGUGGUCUCAACUUUAUUUCAAAAAUACAAGAUUAUAUUGACCUGUGGAAUGUAACUUUUUUUUUUUUUUAAACCACUUUGUGUUUGUAAAGGGAUGGGCUCAGAGGAAUAUGAGAUGCUGCCGUGACCUUUUAAUGUAAUGUGAAUGCCAUGUCUUGUCAUUGAUUCAUUGUAAAUAUCUAUUGAAAUGUGAUUUUUGUACUUUUAUUCUGUAUGCUAAUUUAGAAUAUUUAAUGACACCUGGAAGUGUAAGUUAUGUAACUGGAGGAGAAUAAAAUGAUACCAUCGAUGCAUUCCCUAUGUUUUGUAUAAAAUAUUUUGGACCUGUUGAACAGCAAGGGAGUGCUCCAACAUGUCUGAUGCAAUAUAUAGUGGAAUACUUUGGUUUGUUAUCUUUUACUAGUCUGCUUGUGUUGUUUUAAUGACGGAAUUACUAUAUAUAUAUAUGAAUGAGAGAGCAAUCUAGAAAUGAAGCACAAUCCAUCUUGCACUGGGAUAAAUAAUUUACAGUUGGUCCAGUUAUUGCACUAAUGACUCAUUUUCUUUUAUAUAAAUAUAAUGCACAGCUGCUGUUAAAUUAAUUUGUUAAAUCAAGAUUUAAUGCUAAAAUGUGACAAAGACAAAACUGUAAUUUGUCAUAUUUCAUUUUCAAAUGGUUGCUUUACUGUAUUGGCUUUGUAUUAUGUUUUGUAGAAAUAACAUAUACAUGUACACCCCCCCCCC